AUGGGCAGCCUGCAGGCGGCGUACAGCGAGGACAAAGGCAGCCGGUUGACGAUGGAAGACGUGGCUGUGAUCAGCCACAAGGCCGGCACCUCCACCACAGCGGGCUGCCGCCUGUCCUUCUUCGCCAUCUUCGACGGCCACGGCGGCGCCAGCGUGGCGCGCUACGCCGCUGACCACCUGCACGGCUGCAUCAUGGCGGCUGGGCUGCAGCAGGAGGCGGAGCGGCUGGCUGCAGCAGCCGCCGCCGCCGCCACGGCGCCUGCGGCUGCCGCGCCCGCAGCAGCAGCCGGCGACAGCCCAGGCGCAGCGCAGCCGGCGGCGCAGAUCAAGCAGUGCAGGGCGGCGCUGGCCGAGGGCUUUCGGGAGCUGGACCGGCGUGUGCUGGAGCAGUGUGCGGCAGCGGGGUGGCAGGACGGGUGCACCGCUGUGGUGGCAUACGUCGUGGGAGACGCGGUGCUGGUCGCUAACGUGGGGGACGCGCGAUGCGUGCUGGCGCGGCAGCCGCAGGCGGCGGCGGCGGCUCCUCAGGGGGAGCAGGGGCGGUGGCGGGCCCCCCUGAAGGCCAUCACACUCACCCGAGAGCACAAGGCCAUCUUCCCUCAGGAGCGCCAGCGCAUCGAAAAGGCAGGCAGCUUUGUGAGUGGCGACGGGCGGCUGGCAGGCCGAAUCGAGGUGUCGCGAGCUUUUGGUGACCGCCCGUUCAAGCGGCAGGGCAUGACUGCUGUGCCAGACAUCCAAGCCUUCCAGCUGUCGUCCCGAGACGCCUUCCUGCUGCUGGCCUGCGACGGCUUCUGGGGCGUGUUCAGCCCGCAGGAUGCGGUGGACUAUGCGCGGCGGGAGCUGGGGCUGGGCAAGGGGGUCAAGCAGACGUGCAACCGGCUGAUCUAUGAGGCGAUCCGCGAGCGCAAGUGCAAGGACAACUGCACAGUGAUGCUGGUGGCCUUUGGCUGCUGA